GGACUUUAAAUCCUUUUGGCUUUCCUAAUCAUUCCCGGUAUAAGCAAAAGAAUUCUAUACAGUAGAGUCAUAUUCACCCCUCAAAAACUACAGUGUCUCCGUUUGGCGAUCAGCUGCAGGUUUCGAAGUUUCACAUCACUCCAACUUCCAAUCUCUGCUAGCCAUGAAUUCUAGAAGGGAACGUAGCAACAGAGCAGCACUAUUUGAUGGAAUUGAGGAAGGUGGUAUAAGGGCUUCGUCGUCAUAUGCUUCACAUGAAAUUGAUGAACAAGAGAAUGAGAAAGCAAUGGACGGGUUGCAAGAUAGAGUUAAUCUGCUGAAAAGAUUAUCAGGUGAUAUACAUGAGGAAGUGGAGACACAUAAUAGGAUGCUGGACAGAAUGGGUAAUGAUAUGGAUUCUUCAAGGGGAGUUUUAGCUGGAACAAUGGAUAAAUUUAAGAUGGUAUUCGAGACCAAAUCAAGCCGAAGAAUGUUUACACUUGUAGCCUCAUUUGUGGUCCUCUUUUUGGUUGUAUACUAUCUCACUAGGUAAUUAGCAUUGUGAACUAGAAUAUGUAGUGGUUUUGUGUGCAGAAAGAAAUGCUGUUUUUACUCAAAAUUCUGCUGCCAAUUGCUCAAUGUAAGAAUCUUGUGACUUGUGGGUCUGUGUAAAAGAUGUUUUUGGUGCAACAGAUGCUUUUCAGUGUCAAAUGGAAUAUGAGUGCUAUGCAGUUAAACA